AGCUGAAAACUAGAAGUUGAGGCGUGAGUUUGGCCACUCCGUAGUGUGCACUUGGUGAGGGCAGCAGCUCGCCACAGCUGCCAGCCAUCUGUCCAUUCACCCAUCUGUCCAUCUGGCAGCCCGCUGUUCAGACCUGUCUGUCUGUCCGCCCAUCUGUAAGCCCAUCUCUGUCCCAUUGUCUAUCUGACCAUCUUUCUCUUACUGUCCUCUUUGUCUAGCUAUCUGGCCUAUCUGUCGAUCCAUCUUCGUGUCUGUCUUCAGCCCCCACCUGUUUGUCCAUCUGUCCAAUUACCUGUGAGUCUAUCUAUGCAUCUUCUUGUCCAUUCAUCUGCCCACCCAUCUGUCCCUCCGUCUGCCCACCGGCCUCCCCUCUCCUUCUGGGCCGCAGAGCCAUGGCCCAGGACUGCGGAGCCAUGGGUGACCUGGUCCUGCUGGGGCUGGGGCUGGGGCUGGCGCUGGCUGUCAUUGUGCUGGCUGUGGUCCUCUCUCGACACCAGGCCCCAUGUGGCUCCCAGGCCUUUGCCCACGCUGCUGUUGCUGCUGACUCCAAGGUCUGCUCAAAUAUUGUACGGCAGGAAACUGCGUAUCUUCUGGUUUACAUGAAGAUGGAGUGCUAAUGGAAAUGCUCAAAACCUUCAGAGAUUGACACGCUGUCAUUUUCCAUUUCCGUUCCUGGAUCUACGGAGUCUUCUAAGAGAUUUUGCAAUGAGGAGAAGCAUUGUUUUCAAACUAUAUAACUGAGCCUUAUUUAUAAUUAGGGAUAUUAUCAAAAUAUGUAACCAUGAGGCCCCUCAGGUCCUGAUCAGUCAGAAUGGAUGCUUUCACCAGCAGACCCAGCCAUGUGGCUGCUCGGUCCUGGGUGCUCGCUGCUGUGCAAGACAUUAGCCCUUUAGUUAUGAGCCUGUGGGAACUUCAGGGGUUCCCAGUGGGGAGAGCAGUGGCAGUGGGAGGCAUCUGGGGGCCAAAGGUCAGUGGCAGGGGGUAUUUCAGUAUUAUACAACUGCUGUUACCAGACUUGUAUACUGGCUGAAUAUCAGUGCUGUUUGUAAUUUUUCACUUUGAGAACCAACAUUAAUUCCAUAUGAAUCAAGUGUUUUGUAACUGCUAUUCAUUUAUUCAGCAAAUAUUUAUUGAUCAUCUCUUCUCCAUAAGAUAGUGUGAUAAACACAGUCAUGAAUAAAGUUAUU